GAAAAAAGAAAGUGAAAGCAACAGAAACAGGAGGUAAUCGUGCUGCUAAACUUCUUCAUGGGGUCUGUGGCAUGUUGUGGCAACUCGCCUCAUGUUCCGGUUAAACCAUCAGAGCUUUGAUAAGAAUAGGACAAACAUCUGUCAGUAUUCAGCGCUCACUCAGGGUCCCAUCUCAUAGAGAUUGAUUUUAAUAUCAGCUGUGAGCCCACCGCUGAAAGCUGCUGACUGUUUAACUGAAGGACAGUUGCCCUGCCAUGGCUUUGGUGAAACUGUGUGCAUUGUCUGCAGUACUACUGCCUCUGUUUGGGUGCGAUCCCGCCCACGAUACUCCUCCAGGUCCAUCAGAUUCAACAGAAAAACAGUCUACCCUUGGUUCAAACCUUUCUUUUCCCUGGAGUCGCCUGCGCCUUCCGAGGUAUAUUCUUCCAGUGCACUACAAUCUUCUUGUACACCCUGAUUUCACCAGCCUUAGUUUUAGUGGCUCAGUUCAGAUUGAGAUUGAUGUCCAGAACAACACAAACUGGCUUGUAUUACACAGCAAAGGCCUAAACAUCACCAAGGCAACCAUUUUUGGCCACAACCUCACUCCUUUCUCUGAGCAGCCUCUUCCAGUUCUUUAUAACCCUCCUCAUGAGCAGCUGGGUGUCUUCUCUUCUCGAGUCCUUAGCACUGGACACAAGUACUUCCUUCAUCUGGAGUUUAAUGCAGGACUAUCUGAAGGAUUUUAUGGCUUUUAUAAAAGUACCUACAAAACUAGUGCAGGGGAAACAAGAGUUUUAGCUUCAACUCACUUUGAGCCCACCAGUGCACGCAUGGCCUUCCCUUGUUUUGAUGAGCCAAGUUUCAAAGCCAACUUCACAGUCAGGAUCAGAAGGGGUCCAGAGUUCAUUUCAUUGUCCAAUAUGCCUCUAGUAAGCACAAAUGAAGUGAAUGCUGCUGUCUUUGAAGACCAGUUUUCUCCAAGUGUAAAAAUGAGCACUUAUCUUGUCGCUUUUGUUGUCUGUGACUUCAAGUCUGUCACGGCAACAACAGCGUCUGGGAUUCAGGUGUCCAUUUAUGCUGCUCCAGAGAAGUGGCAUCAAACUCACUUUGCUCUGGAGGUUGCUGUUAAAAUGUUGGAUUUUUAUGAAGAAUAUUUUAACAUACAAUACCCUUUACCAAAGCAAGAUUUGAUAGCUAUCCCUGAUUUCCAGUCAGGUGCUAUGGAGAACUGGGGUCUGACAACUUACAGGGAGACCAGCCUGCUUUUUGAUCCACUCACGUCUUCUGUGUCUGAUAAAGUCUGGGUUUCUAUGGUGAUUGGGCAUGAGCUGGCACAUCAGUGGUUUGGUAAUUUGGUGACUAUGGAGUGGUGGAACGAUAUCUGGCUCAAUGAAGGAUUUGCCAGAUACAUGGAGUUCAUCUCAGUAGAGGCCACUUACCCAGAAUUCAAAGUGGAAGAGUAUCUGCUCCACACGUGCUUCGCAGCAGUGGGCCAUGAUUCUUUGAACUCUUCUCGGCCGAUUUCGAGUGCAGCAGAGAAUCCUACUCAGAUCAAAGAGAUGUUUGACACAGUCUCCUAUGACAAAGGAGCAUGUGUGCUGCACAUGAUCCGCCACUUUCUGACAGAUGAAGUGUUCCAGAGUGGGAUAGUGAGAUAUCUUCGAAAAUACAGCUAUACAAAUGCCAAGAACCAAGACCUGUGGGACAGCCUGUCCAAUACGUGCUCAGAGAAAGACUUCAUCUCUGGGAAACAUUGUUACAACAACCAGCAGGCAUUCAAAAAUGCUUACCUUUAUGCUGGUGAACACAUUGACCUGACGGCCAUGAUGAACACAUGGAUACUACAGAAAGGUAUUCCUGUGGUGACAGUGCGGAGGAACGGCCCGUAUCUGGAGUUGAGACAGGACAGAUUCCUGAAGACCAUUCUACCUUCUGACCCUCACUGGUCCUCACUGCAACAGGGCUUCCUUUGGCACAUUCCGGUCACGUACAAGACGGAUGCCUCCAACGUAAUCUAUAGACACAUGAUGACCACAAAGACAGACAAAAUACAUAUAGGUGUGGAGGUCGACUGGGUGAAGGUAAACACCGAUAUGACUGGAUAUUACGUGGUUCAUUAUGAGGAUGGUGGUUGGGAAAAGAUAACUAAAUUACUCAGCCAAAACCACACAGCGCUCAGCUACAAAGACAGGACUCAUUUGAUACACAAUGCAUUUCAGUUGGUCACGGCGGGUCUGUUGCCUCUCAAUGAAGCUCUGGAUCUGAUCACUUAUUUGAGAUUAGAGAGGCACACUGUCCCUCUUCUCCAAGGUCUGGGAUAUCUGGAAAGCUUUUACAGGAUGAUUGAGAAAAGGAAUGACCAUGAAUUAACAAAUAAGUUGGGGAUGCAUAUUUUGCAUUUUUUCCGUGCAGUCAUUGAUCAGCAGACAUGGAGUGACAGUGGCUCAGUGUCAGAGCGCAGACUGAGAUCAGAAGUUCUGUCUCUGGCCUGUCAUCUUAAAGACCCCCCGUGUCUGGAGCACGCUCAACAAAGCUUCAAAGACUGGAUACAAUCUAAUGGGACACAGAGCCCUCCAACUGAUGUAGCAGAAACAGUGUAUUCAAUUGGGGCAAAAGGAGUAGAUGGCUGGACCUCUCUGUUCUACACCUAUACCACAUCUCUCUCAGAAGCACAAAAAAGACAAAUAAUGGAGGCUUUAACUAGCACUGAAGACACCAGCAAAUUACAGAGACUGCUGGAGCUGGGUUUGGAGGGGAAGGACAUUAAGGCUCAGGAUCUAUCUUCUGUCAUUUACAUGGUCGCCAGGAACCCACUGGGCCAUCAUCUCGCCUGGAGUUUUGUAAAGAAGCACUGGAGGACUCUGGUUCAGAAGUUUCAAUUAGGUUCAUUUUGCAUCAGAAAUAUUCUUAUUGGCACCACUAGUCAAUUCACUACUAGUGAAGAACUUGCAGAUGUGCAGUUAUUCUUUGAGUCUAUAAAGUCUGAGUCUUCUCAGCUUAGAGUUACUCGUCUUGCUCUUGACAAUGUGAAGAAAAAUGUUUACUGGGUCAAGAGAAACCUUGGGACUUUGAAAAAGUGGCUGGAUGAGCAGAUUCAAUAAAUAUUAGUGAUUGCCUGGGAUCCAAAAUUAGUGAUGCUGCAAACUGGAGGAAAUUGAGCACUGAAUGUUUACUUUGCUGGGUGUUGUAUUUGGUUAUAAGGAAAAUAUUAGUUUUUAUUUGUUUGUAUAAUUAUUAUUAAAUCAUGACGUAAUAGAAAUAUUUUCGCACUGGACCUGUAAUACAACAAAAUAAACAACAAACACGGGCUA